GCAUGAGCUCCUCCUGUAGGUGAUUCUGUGGAGAGGGCGCAGGCCUCCGACACGCAAGCGCACUAGGGAGUUUCUGAGCGCGUGGGUUAACUGCUCUUUUUACUUUAAGAUCGGCAUGGGGACCGGUGGUCCUGGCUUCACAAACGACUUGCACCCAGACCGUAAUGCUGCUCAUCCUGUACCGAAAUCAACGGAACACCGCCCAAACCGCAGAUGGAUCCCACUGAAGUGUUCACCGAACUGCAGGACAAGUACGGGGAGAUUGAAGAAAUGAAUAUGUGUGACAACUUGGGGAACCACCUCGUGGGCAAUGUUUAUGUCAAGUUAACACGAGGAGGAUGCCGAACGGACAGUAACUGAACUCAAUAAUCGCUGGUUCAGUGGGCAGGCUGUGCAUGCCAAGUUGUCUCCUGUCACUGACUUCUGGGAAUCAUGCUGUCAGCAAUGUGAGAUGGGAGAAUGUACCCGUGGUGGCUUCUGAAACUUCAUGCACCUGCGGCCCAUUUCCAGGAACCUCCAGCAGCAGCUCUGUCGGCAGGGAACCAGGUGCAGGAGAAACAUCAGCACAUCCAUCUGAGGCUUCUCGAGGGGAAGACGCCUGGUUGUGGCAGGUUGGAGGAUUCCCAGCCUGGAGGAGAUUGGGGUUAGGAGCUAAGGUAAGUGACAAAGGCUCUGUGGCCGGAAGUCCUGCGGUCAUGGGUCCCCAAGCUGCAGGCCCCGCCUGGAUGGGGCCCCAACGCCUCCUGUUUGCUGCGCUGCUCCUGGCGCAGGCGUCGCCUCGAAAAAUCUCCCAGCACUGCGGCCGACUCGAGUACUGGAACCCUGAUAACAAGUGCUGUGGCAGCUGCCUGCAGCGCUUCGGGCCACCCCCCAUCCCGGACUACGAGUUUUCGGAAAACUGCGGGCUAAGUGACUUCGGCGAUCACGAAAGGCAUCCCUUCCAAGAGUGUCCUCCUGGGCAGUGCAACCCCAACAGCAUGGAGCUUUGUAGCCCCUGUGGAGGCGGAGCAACGGCCUCCACUCACAGGAGAAUCCGGCGGCGCUGUAAAGAGAAAUCGGUCCCUACCAAGGAGCGCUACUCCCUGAAGCUUGAAACACCCAGCAGCCCAAGCUCCCAGGAGCCCAGCUCACCGGAGAUGUACAGUUCCGAACAAACAGAAUCUGAGCACACCGUCCCUCGGCAGGCCUUGCUGAGUUUUGCCCUGCCUCUGGUGCUGGUUCUGCUGUUUACCUCAGCAGCGAUCUUCCUGUUCGCUCUGCAAAGGCACCGCCGCUGCCGCCAGGGGAAAGCUAUCCUCUACCCCUAUCCCAGCUUGGCUUGUGGUGACUCCAACACCCACAUGUUCUUGCACUCGUCCCCUUCAGGUUUCAUGGAGGUAUCAGAGGCAGAGCUGUCAAAUCUGGCAUCGCAGCCCCUCUCUCGACUCCUGGAUGAGCUGGAGGUGCUGGAGGAACUGAUUGUGCUGCUGGACCCUGAGCCCGGGCCAGGUGGGGCACUGGCCUGUGGUACCACUCGACACCUGGCUGCAAGAUACGGACUGCCUGCUGCUUGGUCCACCUUUGCCUACUCACUGCGACCCAGUCGUUCGCCUCUGCGAGCCCUGAUAGAGAUGGUGGUGGCAAGGGAGCCCUCCACUUCUCUGGGCCAGUUUGGCACACACCUGGCCCAACUAGGGCGGGCAGAUGCGCUGCAGGUGCUGUCCAAGCUUGGGUGAUCUGGGGCUUGCCCAGUCUAAUACUCAAAUGUUUCCCUUGAAACAAGUGCCUGUUGUCUCUCGGCCUCAUUAAGAGGCCCUCUUGAAAUACAGCCUUAAUUGGAACAAGA